ACUUGAGCGGCGGCGAAGUCUGAGCGCUGAGACCCGGCGGCCCCGUGCGCCUUCCCACCUGGCGCCGAUCCACUUUGCUCGGGGUAGUGGCCCAGCCCCACUUCGCCGCCAGCCAACCCCUUUUAACCGGGGCUAUCGGGACCACUCUACUCUCGCCCACUUGGCUCUGCCAAAGCGUCCUAGCCGGAGCGCGGUCUGUGCCACGUGGGGAGGGGCGCGGCCCAGUUACUGAGGAACGCUUCUGAUUGGCCAGAGGGCGGUGUUCUUGGCGUCUCGCCGGUCAGACCCCUCCCUCAAAGGCAGGACCUGGAAAUCCACAGCUGGAAAGGGCGGAGCCCCGGCAGCGCAGCUGGAAAGGGGCGGGGCCUGACGCGCGCAGCUCGCCGCGGCGGGCUGGGGGCGCCCUGGUCUGCCAUAAAGUGAAUGGGCGCCUGCUGGGGGUGGCAGUACGCGGUGAGGCUCACUCCCUCCGCGAGUCCGGGAGCGCCAGAGCCGAGCGGCGGCCCGGGAGCAGGGGGGCGGCCCCCACUCCGGCCGGGUGCCCGGCCCCUGGCCCCUGCCUGCCCUCUAGAUCGCCGCCGCAGCCGCUGCCGGGAGUCUGCCUGUUGCGGGACGCACUAGCCCUCCCUCCAUGGAGUUCGGCCUGCUCAGCGAGGCGGAGGCCCGGAGCCCUGCCCUUUCGCUGUCAGACGCGGGUACUCCUCACCCCCAGCUCCCAGAGCACGGCUGCAAGGGCCAGGAGCACAGCGACUCGGAGAAGGCCUCGGCUUCGCUGCCCGGAGGCUCCCCUGAGGACGGCUCGCUGAAGAAGAAGCAGCGGCGGCAGCGCACGCACUUCACCAGCCAGCAGCUGCAGGAGCUGGAGGCGACCUUCCAGAGAAACCGCUACCCUGACAUGAGCACGCGCGAGGAGAUCGCUGUGUGGACCAACCUCACCGAGGCCCGCGUGCGGGUAUGGUUCAAGAACCGGCGCGCCAAGUGGCGGAAGCGCGAGCGCAGCCAGCAGGCCGAGCUGUGCAAGGGUGGCUUCGCAGCGCCGCUCGGGGGGCUAGUGCCGCCCUACGAGGAGGUGUACCCCGGCUACUCGUACGGCAACUGGCCGCCCAAGGCGCUCGCCCCGCCGCUCGCCGCCAAGACCUUCCCGUUCGCCUUCAACUCGGUCAACGUGGGGCCUCUGGCUUCGCAGCCCGUCUUCUCGCCACCCAGCUCCAUCGCUGCCUCCAUGGUGCCCUCCGCCGCUGCUGCCCCAGGCACCGUGCCAGGGCCCGGGGCCCUGCAGGGCCUGGGCGGGGCGCCCCCCGGGCUGGCUCCGGCCGCCGUGUCCUCAGGGGCUGUGUCCUGCCCUUACGCCUCGGCCGCUGCCGCCGCCGCGGCCGCCGCCUCCUCCCCCUACGUCUAUCGGGACCCUUGUAACUCGAGCCUAGCCAGCCUGCGGCUCAAAGCCAAACAGCACGCCUCCUUCAGCUACCCCGCCGUGCACGGGCCGCCCCCGGCCGCCAACCUCAGUCCGUGCCAGUACGCCGUGGAGCGGCCGGUAUGAGCGGCCCCGCCCGUGGAUCAUCCCCGAGGGCGGGGGCGACGAUUCGCAGCCUUAGCGGACUGGGGUCGUCUUGACUGGCUUGCCCCCGCUCCAGGGUCUGAAAUGGGUGUUUGGGCAGCUGGCGUGGGGGUGGCGGCCGGCUCAGGAGAGGGCCUUCCCCCUCCCAGCCCUGAGGGAUGGACUGGGCCCUACACAGAGACCGCGCCCCUGGGACUAAGGCCAGGAACAGGGACCAGCUCCCCGGGGGCCAACUCACCCUUGGCCCAUCCCGCCUUCUCCAGGCUUCCCCUCCCUGGUUUUCAAAGAUAAAUGAAAUAAACGUGCGCGGACUGUCGAAGGCCUGAUGAUUCAGAAUUGCGGUUGAGUCCUCUUCCCUUCAUCCUACCCCACUGUCUACAGGCGAGCUGGAUGUACAGGAACGAGGUGAGGGUCCAGGCUUCUAGGGAUUCUGUCCCACUCACCCUCCUACUCCAGAACCGGGCAGCCGGGGAUUGUUCCUGGAGCAAAGAGGUGUGUGCGUGCGCGGGGCGUGGGAAACCAGCUACCUGGCUGGCGUCGGCCACAGCCGGUGCUGCGGCGCCACCUCGUGGUCUCAGGGAGGCUAGCUGGUAGAUCUAGCUUCGUUGUAGGUGUCAGCUCUGCAAUUCAGAGAGCCUGUGACUCUGAAGUUAUUCCGCCCUUCUCCACCUGCUUCUCACUGUUCCUAUGAGGGGCUUGGGCCUCUAACAGCAAUAAAAUUCUGGUCUGUAACAGACAUUUAUUAAGUGCC